UUUGGUUUUGGAAGCAUAACAAGGUUUCCACCUGGCAUAUUCCGUCUUUCUUUCCACCUUCUAAGGGUCCCAGAUGGUCUAACAAAAUGGCUCAGUACAGUCUGCUUAACUUCUCCUUGAAAGAAAAAACCCAUUGGUUUCUCAACUUCUUAAAGAGACUGCACUGCCUCGAUAUCUUAAAGUACUUCAACAAGGAUAAAUGGCUAGAAGAAAAUUUGCAUGUGGCUUAUAAGGAAGUUCCAGAAGAGUCUAAGAAGUUGAUCUUUAAGAGUAUAAAGGACAAAGCUGCAAAACGGACACGUGGCACCAAAAAUCCAAUAUCUGAUGACCCUGCAGCAAUUGAGGAAGCUGCACCAACCGGCACUACCCAAGUUGAAGAACCUACAAGCAGUAGAUAUUCUGAAGGAAUUCCAGAUUUUGGAGAAGAUCUUUCCAAGCGCAUUCUAUUUUGGCAUUUUAUUACAGAACUUUCAUACUAUGUUGAUAAUAGCUAUAUUAAAGACCAUCGAGAGUGUAAUGGUAAAUUAAUGAAGAAAAUUUCUAGAUAUAUGAUGUAUCUCUUGGUUAGUCAUCCUUCUCUGUUAUCGGUCGGAAUUACAACAAUUAGCUUUGAAGAUGAGGCUAAUACAUUGGCGGAUACUUUCCAAAAGUUUCGAUCCCAAGGGACUAAAGGAAGACUCGCGACCUGCGAAUAUUUGGAUGAGCAUGGAUUUGGCGACAAUAAGAAAGGAGUUUUAGUGGAUGCACAUUCCUUCAUGAGGAAAAUGACCGAACGAAAUAAGAAAUGGAAGGAAAUUGGUCGCAAUUGGCUGGAAUUGCUGGCGUAUGCAGCAUCCAAGUGCAAAGGAAGCCUUCAUGCUCAAAAUCUGAGAUUUGGUGGAGAGUUACUUACUCAUGUAUGGCUUCUCAUGGCACAGUUUGGCUUAACGGAGCACUUUCAGACUUCAGAGAAACCUCAUAUAGCAAGGCUGGUCUCACAAUAGGGGGAUAAGUAAAAGGAUUUCAACAGGCUCUUGCUUGUCUGUGUGAAUGUUUUCUUUAUUUCUGGCUAAAUUAAGGGGAAUAAUGGCCAUAUUGAUGGGAAAUAUUGUUUAUUCUGCUUAUCCGUUGUUUAGUCAUUAAAGUAAUCAUGUUUGAUUCCCAAGUGUGUUGCUACAUUAGAUAU